UGCCGCGUGUCCCCCUAAAGGACCUCGUAGCUGGCUCGCGUCUAAAGCUCAAGCUCGGUCCCCGACCCUGGCUCCUCAAACUCCACCCAUUGCACCACGGACACUACCGACUGCGCCACGGGCCAUGCAGCAACAGCAGCAGCAACUUGCGAGCAAUGGAUAUGCCGGGCCUUCCACUAUUGCAUCAUCUGUACCGCAGCCUGGUCAUCCCCAGAUGCAAACACAGCCAGCUAACAAUUACGCUGACGGGCAGCCUACAUCCAUUCCGCCUGCCCCACAAUCGUUUCCGCAAAUGCAGCAGCAACAGUCACAGGGCGCCACGUACAAUCCUGCAUUCGCAGGCGCUCCGGUUCCUUAUUAUACUGGAGCAGAACCGUCCGAGCCGUGGCACACGCAGUAUGGGACGAUGGCUGUUGCACCACCUCCGCCUCUACCCACCUAUGUCAUAGCGUAUCCUGACUAUUCGAACCCGGGAGCAUAUACGUACGUACCCGUCCCGACUGUUCCCGCUGGAUAUGCACCAGCAUCAGCACCUACUCCUGUCGAUCCAUACGCCGCUGCAGCAGCUGGAGGUGCUACAGUUCCGACAUCGUCCAGUGGGCUUGCUCCUGUGGCUGCCGAUGUUUCCACAACUGCUGAUGCAUCCAUGACUGCUGCUGGUAUCAGCCAGUCCAACGGAUAUCAAGCCAUAUCAGCCACCGAUGCUGACCAUGACCACGAUCGCUCGGACUCUUCAACGCCUGAACCGCCUUCUUCCAAGAAGCUGCUCCCAGAGCGAAUGCGAAAGCCAAAGCUCCUCCACAUCGGGCAUGCACCGGAGGUAGACCCAAACAGUAAAACGGGGACGUAUGUGAAGCACCUCGCCUCGCAGCCGAACCCCUCAUGUACGCUUGUGCUAGACAGCAUCCCGACGCGGUUCCGUAACCCGUCGUGGGUGCACAAGUGGGCGGUGAAUGCAGGGGAAGCAGAGCCAGUGUGUAUCGAUGUGGAUACGAAGAACGGGAAGUCGUUGGUGGAAUUUGUGGAUUCUGCGUCUGCGCGGAGGGCAUUUCAGAGUAAGCAGCUAAAGGGGAAGGGAAAGCAUGCGAUUCGGGCGUGGUGGUAUAGGGUUACGGGGGUAGGCUCUAACGCUGGCGUUGGCGAGAUCGAGGAGGGCGAAGUGGAGGAUGGGAGCAGAAAGAUAAACGAGCCUAUUGCUCAGUUGAGCAAGAAGCAGAAGAAGAAGCUGCAGCGGAAGCAGCUGGUUGAGUCGAAUCCUCAGGCAGGUUCGAGUGGCGCACAAGUUGCAGCGAGUGGAAAUACCACUGUCGAGGAACAAGGACGCGUACCAUCUACUGAGCGGGAAGAGGCAUCCAUCGAUGUGCCAGCCCCUCGUGGACGUCGGUUCUCGUUCGAUGAUUUUUCUGUGCGUUUUGAGGUGUCUAGUGGCUCGCAGGUUGAUGUUGGGGUUGGUCAUUUUAUCCAAGAGGACGAUGACGAGGAUCAUUUGUCUAUUGCAUCUUCACGGCCACACUCCACUCAGCUCGUCAUAUAUCACGAUGACCGAGGGGAGGAUGUGGAAAUGUCCUCGCCAGUAGUGGCGAGCGGCAUGCCCGGCGAUUUGCUAUCGGCAAGUGAAGUCUCUGGAGACAAAAGUGCGACGGUGGACCCUACGGAUGUGAACUUGGAUUCUGCAGCGGCUUUUGUUUCAAUGGACAAUGGUCCACUUUCUGCGUUGAAUUCAGAGGCCGCACGUUCUCAACAACACGAUAGAAAGCCUGCAGAGGUCCUAACAACUACCUCGUCAAUACCUCCCGAGCCGCAACCUAUCUGCUCCGAUUCCACUUUACAUUCUAACAUAUCAUCGUCUCUCUUGUCUACAGAAGCACCCCCCGGCAAAUCAGUAGAACAUUCACACUCAGCCACGGUUGUGUCACUCGCUCCCCAAAAGGAACUCGGAGAAAAUAUUGAUUCUAGUGCAACUACACAAAAUAUGGAACAUUUCGACAUGGUCAAUCCUCUCGCAUCUACUUCCACCGAUUCCGGCUCCCCCUUACAACUACCAGUACCCUUGCCACGCGAACCAUCGAUACACGAACCAUCGGUGGACAAGAUCGCACAUGAAAUGAACUUGCGAAGGCUCGUUCAUGAAAGUAAGCAGAACAAGGCGAAUGCUCGUGGCGUAACCUCCUCCUCUUCCAUGUUCACUGAUCCUGCCACACUUCCCCCUGCCCCAUCUGCUGUCAACGGUGAUGUUGCCCCUGCGCAACCCAGUCCCACCGUUUCGUCAGCAACGUUUGUUCUGCCUUUUUUAGAAUUUUAUUGACACUGAUUUUCGACUAGGAGCUUGGAAGAACUUGCUGUCACGUUCAUUUCCGAGGCAAUAGAUAGCAUCAAACCGACGGUGCUCAAACCCGCGGCACCCUUAAAUACACGACAGGAGAUGUUUCAGAAGCAGCUGAAGCUUG